CCCCGGAGCCUCCGACAGACCGGCCCUUCAUUCCCGCACAAAGCGCGCGGCAUCCUCCAGCCUCUCCGUCCCGCCAUGAAACAGACUCUGAGCGAACUGAUGAGGAUGAGCAGGAUAUGCCGGAUGAUAUUUGCCACUUGUUUGGGAUCCUUUAUUCUGGUCAUCUUUUAUUUCCAAAGUAUGUUUCAACCAGUCAUGCGGAGGAACCCCUUCAUGGUGGAAGGCUGCUGUAGGAAAGGAUCCCGCAAUGCCCUGCAGGAGCUCUACAACCCCACACAGCCGGAGCUAUCAGGAGCUGCUGUCCUCCACCAGGCCAGGAGGGAUCAGGUAGUCGAUGCCUGUCGGGUCUACAGCGCAUCGAGUCGUAAGCGGAGAGUUCUGACACCCGGAGACCUCAAACACCUCGUGGUGGAUGAAGACCAUGAGCUUAUCUACUGCUAUGUCCCCAAGGUGGCCUGUACCAACUGGAAACGUGUCAUGAUGGUGCUUACAGGCCGGGGCAAGUACAGUGACCCAAUGGAAAUUCCUUCCAAUGAAGCCCACAUUCCCUCCAACCUCAAGACACUGAAUCAGUACAGCAUUGCCGAGAUCAAUCACCGCCUCAAGAACUACCUCAAGUUCCUUUUUGUUCGUGAGCCCUUCGAGAGGCUGGUUUCUGCAUAUCGCAACAAGUUCACCCUCAAGUACAACUCAUCCUUCCACAAGCGCUUUGGCACCCGAAUCAUCCGCCGCUACCGCAAGAACGCCACGCAGGAUGCUCUGCUCAACGGGGCUGAUGUCAAAUUCAAGGAGUUCAUUGAGUAUCUGGUGGACCCGGCCACACAGCGGGACGGACUCAACGAGCACUGGCAGACUGUGUACCAGCUCUGCCACCCGUGUCACAUCCACUACGACAUGGUGGGCAAGUACGAGACACUGGAGGAGGAUGCAAACUACCUGUUGCAGCUGGUGGGUGUAGGCGACUCCCUGCGCUUCCCGACCUACGCCAAGUCCACUCGUACCACGGAUGCUAUGACGGCUCAGUUCUUCAGCAAUAUCAGCACUCAGCAGCAGAUCCAGCUCUACCAGCUUUACAAGUUAGACUUCCUCAUGUUCAACUACUCCAUACCAAGCUACCUGAGGUUGCAGUAAUGGAGGACAGAGAUGGGACUCUGAGAGCGGCUGAUUCGGUCAAACAGAUAAAAGAAAAUGAGUGAAGGGCAGAAUUUUAUGGGAACAAACUUGAUUUAAAAAACUGUAAAAUUGAUGUGUAAACAGGUGCCGAAGGUGUGUGAUUUUCUUGGAAUAAUUCAGAGGAUGUUCAGUCAGCACUGACUGGACAGGGAUGUGGGCUAAAUGGACUAGACGCAUGCAAAGACUGAAAUGUGUGGGUGAAGCAGGUCUUCAAGGUUGUUAUCCUCAGAGGAUGGACUGGAUGAGGGAUUCUCCUGAUGUUGUUCCCUACACGUUUAAGUAAACUGCUGACAAAUUAGGCUGCUUCAGAUUCUGCAAAGCAAACAGCGUCCUCGCACGUGCCCUGACCCCAAAGCAUUAUGGGAGCUAAGCUUGUCUCCCCCUCCUUCUGAUCAAUAUAGAAACUCCGCCAAAUUGUAAGACACACUUCACGUCUUUCACCGAGCUCUCGGCGUGGCGAGCUAGUAUCCAUUAUGCUUGCUCUCAUUAGAUUCAUACAGCUGAGAGGGAAACUGCCUCAUCACCACCUCGAGGAUUAUUGCGGUCGAUGGCUACGAUUCCACUCUCAAGACCUCCACAUCUGUAAUGUGGCGGUGCAGCCUGCAGCCGACAGCUCGCCGUCACUGGUUUCUAACAUUAGUUUGUCGGCCCUUCUGCCGCAGCAGUGAAGUGCUUACGUAUCAUUGCCUGUAACACCAAGCAUCCUUAAUACUUUGAGCUACAGAACGUGUCUGGAAAGGUACAGGAUUCGCUCAGCGGGCGCACCAGCCUAGCCUCUAACCUACAGGACAAGAGACGGCCUGUGUGGCUGCUAAAGGGUUAAAGGCACUGAGUCUCAUUACCGCCAUGCCCUGCAUAGAGGAGCUCAGUGGACGUGCCCCGGCUCCAACAACCAAACCUGUUUUUCAGUAAAUGAUCCUCUCUUCUCGUCUUCAUGCUUUAUUUGUUUGUAAUGUCUUAUGAAUCAUUGCUGCGAGCAGCAAUGUAAAGAUUAUUUAAUUUGCUUUGUUGUUUAAACUAAGGUGGAAAGAAUUUAAUAUUUUAUUGUCAUGGGCUGAAAAACAUUUAGGACACUUUAAAGAAGUUCAAACUUCCGUUGUGUCAUUCUGAUUUCCUACGUCACCGUUUGCCUCUGAUACACUGUCAGCGUUUUCAUUUCUUGUGGUACAUUUUUGGCCCUUGGCUUUGUCUUUCUGUGCUUCAGAUCAUUAGAAAUUUAUGUUUUUUUACAUUUCUAUUGUCAGACGUUUGGUGCCAUAAUGGCUGAGGGCCUCGGAGACCCACAGUCACUGUUAAGUACACAUCAUUGACAUUAGGACAUCCCAAAGAAGACAUGCUUCUUCUAGUAUACAUGUCAACAAUCGACAUAACAGAAAAAGGAUCCUGUAAUGUGAUUAAUGUUGUGUAAUGUCAAUAACUACACUCUUCAUCACAGCCUGGUGUGUAAGCAUUUAUAGAGGAGGGAGGAGGGGCUGCCUGUCACACACUAUAGCGACAGAGGGAGUCGUUCUGUCUUUUACACCAAUUUGUACAUUUUAAUCCACUCCAGCUUCCAAUUAAGAGACCUUGUUUCUAUUAGCAGUGCAUAUGAGUGUACCAGAGAUGUUCUCUGUCUCUGUGCUAGUGAGAAGACAAUGGGAAAAAAGGUGUUUUAAUUGUGAAGCUCUAUUAGUAAUGAUAACUAACCACCUAUCAGAGCUCAUAUGCUGUACUGCCAUGUUGUAAACAAAUACCAAACUCCCGGGUCCUGCUCUUGAUUGUGAUGAUAUUGCAUUAUCAGAUGUAGUCAUAGUUAUUUUGAUGGUUUCUUAUCACAAACCAGUCUCAAAGGGCUGUGAAAGCUGUAUAACAUAAAGUCUAACAUUACACACAGCGUUAGAAUAUUUUAUUUAUAUAGCACCAAAUCACAACAACAACAAUCACCUCAAGGUGCUUUAUAUUGUGAGGGAAAGACCCUACAAUAAUAGAGAGAACAACAACCCCAUUUGAAGCACUUUGGCGACAGUGGGGAGGAAAAACUCCCUUUUAAGAGGAAGAACCCUCCAGCAGAACCAGGCUCAGGGAGAUCGUCAGAUCUGUUUGAGGGGGGAUUGUGGUUAAUAUCAUCAAUUUAAUUCAAUUCCAUGUUUUUGUAUCGCACCAAAUAACAACAACAAUCACCUCGAGGUGCUUUAGGUUGCAAAGUAAAGACCCUCAAAAUGUGAAAUCUUUGGCUUUGACGAGAGCUUUCCAGCCGUGAUGACAUCCUGACAUUAGGGUUAUCACAGCCUGGGCUUGAUCUCAUCCUGAGAGAUUAGCAAAACAAACGUAAAUAUAUAUUACACUACUGAUUGUACUUCAUUAAGGAUUUUGAUGGUUUUUGAGUCCCUAACUCUUUGGAGUUGCAGUAUGACAGUUUCUUUCUGAUUGAAUAAAUCCAGGUCCACUCUACUUGAAAACUGUCUCGUUAUGACCCCUGGUUAGUGAACUGUCAGCACAUCUAAAUCAGAUUACACAUACACUUUUCCCCCCUCGGGCUGGAUAUUUUAGCUGCAAAUCCCUUCUUGUUGCUUUGGACUCAUUGCUGGUGUCCCUUUGUGCACACGCCCGUGUCUGGAGGUUCGAAUCAAACAGCCUCAGUUUUCCUUUUUAACACCCACAGACAGCUGGCUCUAAUAAAGGAAAGAGUCUGCUGGGCUGGCUUGUCGCCCCGGUCCUCAUCCUCCAGCAGAAACAAUGGUUAUAUUCAAAUACACUCACACACUCACACAGACACACACCAGCACUGCUGCUGAGGUUAAUGCCACGCAGCGUCUUACUCAGCAGUUAUAGGAAAGGCAGAGCCUCACACUGUCAGAGCUCAGUGUAAACUGCUCAUUUUGCGCCCAGAAUGAAAGACAAACAAUGCACAAAGGACCUCUUAAACUGCAAACAAGCCAUUACAGCGGUCUCUCUUCGCGCUCUGGUUUCUCUCCUCCUACAUCGCUCCAGAAGUGGCCCCCUGGUUCAAAAACAAAACCAGAACAAAAAGGCUCAGUGUCAGUGAUCAGUACUGUCCAUGCAGGAAAACACAACCUGCCUAAGCAAACAGAGCUGCUUUAAAAAGCCCGCGGGGACUCGAGCAGCCCUGAGAGGCCCCCGCUGUCUCGGUCGCUCAGUUACAAACAACAUUUAAAGUUAUUUUUCCCCCAUAGUUGUGUCUAUAUUGAAGACGAGCCAGUGGGUAUAUUUGUGUUGUUUCUGAACGACGUCUGCUUUCAGACUGAACUACACAUUUGCUGUCUUCUAACAGCAGUUUCCCUCUUAAAGAUGAGUAGAUGUUAUUUUUCUGCUUUACUUUUAUUUUAUUGUAUUGACACGCAGAUUUUGUAAUUACAAGAAAGAAUCGUUUCAGAAGCAGGAAAAUUGUGUUUGAAGUGAAACUUCCUGAAAAUUUGAUGGUAGAAAGUUGAAAUGGAAUACUGACUCAGUUCUGUGCUUUGGGGUGGUUUGUCUGUGGGCCUGGCUCAUGAUAUAUACAGUGUAAAAGAUGGACAUAUCUAUCAUAAUCUGACGUAUUUGUUAGUGACAUGCAGCUAUGCAGGCUGGAGCUGAGCGUUUCUGUCAUUCUGAGUGUUUUGAAACUGAACCUGAGUGUGAAAACAACACCUGGAUCCAAACAUCUGGAUUGGCUGAGAGGACUCUUUGUCAGUGAUGAUGUCAACAGGUUAACUCUUUUAGUGUAAAUACACUUAUUUGGUCAGGUCAUUUCUUUGUUUUUUACUUUCAGAGUUCAGAUUGUUAACGUGCUAAAAAAAGAGCUGAUUAUAAAGGUAGAAGAUCACAUUUAAGUGGGUGAGCACGCUGCUAGUUUGGCUAAUGACCUGCCCGUUUUCUCACCUGUUUCCACCCAAACGCUGCAAGCUCUCAGUCGGCUCACUCGCUAACUCACAGCAGUGGAGACACAAGGGUAGUUUCAAACUUGUUUUCUUAGUGUGUAAACACAGUCUCUCUCUCUGUGGGGAUGCUUUUCAUCAGCAGAGACACCAUAUUUGAAAAUAAGCAUCAUAUCAUCAGCACAGAAGGACAAAGCCAGGAUGAUUCCUUACAUUCGUUCUCUGCCUGUGUCGUGUCAGACAUAUCUACAGGAUAUUUUUGUACAGUCCAAACAUGAUGUCAUUCAUUCUGCUGUUGUUUUUUGAGCUGUGAGUUUGUAUGUGAUAUUUAUGACUUACUUUGGUUGCCUCAUACAUACACACACAGACACACACCACUACUCUCAUUUUUCUGUGCCUUUCAUUCAGAGGCGACAGAGACACAGUGAUGCAGAACGCCUGUUUCCUGCAGUCACAUUAGGACAGAAGGCGUACAUGCUCAGUUAUAACCUUACUCAUACCUGCAAUAAAGAAGUGACACCAUCAAGUUUGACUUCAGCUGAUACUGAUAACUUUGUUAUAAUUGUACAAAAUUAACUAUCAAAUUAAAAUCUUUCUAAAGUGUUUAUGAAGUAUACAGGCCAAAAAUGGCACCUACAUAGUAAAGUCAGAUUUCCAAAAAACUUCAAUCAUCUUUUCCCAGUUAUUGAUCCUAUUUAAGAUGCAAAUAGUUUACUUGGUUGUAACACUGUUACUCUUGCCAAUAAAUAUUUGAUAGCAAUGACUCCAAAACUAACAACCCAAGUUAUAAUAAACUGAGAUGGUGUUUAUCAUAAGUGAUCUCAAUCAGUGUUUGAAAAGUUAGUCGAGAGCCUGAGUAGGCCUGCCCUUCAUGCUCAGUGACAUCUAGGCACGUUUUCAAAUCAGUUAGCAUUAGCAUGGGCAUGACCUUACCUGGCCAAGCAGGUUUCACGUGUCUCUGUGCCGCCCUGACGUUGUGUACGUCCUCCUUCAGCAGAGCUCCCACACCUCUCGUGAUUGCAGCUGCUUCCCAUGCUGCCAGGUGGCACGGAUGUUGCGCUGUAAAGUGUAGGUGACCUUUUAAUUUAAAUGAUCAGUGUCUGAUGCUGCGUUAUCCCAACAUCAGCGUUUGCCACCAUGUGUGCUGUAUCAAAGAGCUAUGUGCACGUGUGUGCGCGCUACCACUGCUCCAGCAGGUCGAGACCCUCAUUCCAACAGGUACCAUUAAUUUAUUUAUUUAUUCCUAGAUACCGGCCCAUACUGCUUUCCUGCUCACGUUACCGUGGCAACACACCCAAACUUUCUAUAUGUUGCUUUUCCUCGUGGCACAGCCUCUCGCUGUGCUCUUUUACUCUGUUCAUUUUCAGGUGUACUUUCCAAAAUCAUGAAUAAUUAAUAAUGUACACUGUGUGGGAGAGUGGGGUGGAUCCUACAGCAGCGUGACCCGAGGUUUAUCCUGUUUUCACAAUAAAAUGACACUGAAAUUCA